AUGAACCACGGCAUGCGUGCGUUGCGUCGGCCCUCAGGCAAGGCUGACCAGUACGCCAGGAAGCUCUCGAGUCCGUCCUGCGUGGAUGCCAAUGCCGGCAGGCGAGAAAUUCGCUCGAGACUCUUCGUGAGUUGUGGCCUACGCGUCCCGGACAAUCUGGACGAUCUCUGCUUCAUAAUUGCUUGCCAGGUUGUGCUUGGCUUGCCGGUAUUCACCAAAGAUGGCCAGACCGCAAGCGGAAGUCCACCAUGUCAAGUAGGGCUAGAACCCGGUGCCCGAAUCUUCCACGGUGCUUCCCGAAGGGAGCUCGUGGAAGUUGAGGGUCUUCGGCCGCCUGUUCGAUAUCAUUCUCUCGUUGCUCAGCGGGAUCCCCCAGAUGGCCUGCUCAAGCUCUUUCGAGAGUUUGUGAUCUUCCAUGGGACGGCCAUCCUUCCCAAGUACAUUCUUGCAUAUGAGCAGGAGGUGUGGAGGAGCCGUGCCGUUGCGGAGCUGGCGCGCUGA